AUGUCUAGAAAGAAAAUAAAGCUUGCCUACAUUACGAAUGAUUCAGCAAGGAAAACUACCUACAAGAGAAGAACCAAGUGUCUGGUGAAGAAGGUGCGUGAACUCACUACCCUUUGUGGGAUUGAAGGUUUUGCUGUUAUGAACUCUCCUGAUUUCGGCUCACAAGUGGAGGUAUGGCCGUCCCUCGAGGAUGCCCGACGCUUGCUUUCCGAUUUCAAGAAGCUGCCCCUGUCGAAACAAAACAAGAAGAUGGUUAGCCAAGAGAGUUUCCUUGAGCAAAGCUUAGCCAAAGCUACUCAACAGCUUAGGAAACUGCGCGAGAAGAAUCGCCAGAAGGAGUUGAAAGAAGUCAUGUUCGAAAGCCUGAGUGGAAAAGGGAUAUUGCAGAGUUUGAAUGCGAUGGAUUUGGAUGAGGUGGAUCUAUUGGUUAAGCAAAACUUGACGGAUAUUGACGACAGGGUUCGUGUGCUUACUAAAGCGUCUCGUUCCUAA